AUGGCUCAGGAGAGUGAAAAACAGCCAAGCCAUCCCAGAGUCCAGUCCGUCAGUUCGGCGCUCCUGCUACCUCAGCCCCUAAUGGCGUCCUCCCUAUGGCGUUCUCCCAGCUCCUUGCGCACGGUUGUGCGGUCCGGCACUCCCGUUGCCGAGUUCUGUCAAUCCGCGCCUUCGCCGAGUUCCACAGUUGUAGCAUAUUGCCAAUGCCGCUUCUUCUCUCAGUCUCAGAUGGCCCAGCGGGGCCUGUCUGGCGUACCGCAGAAUAUUUCAGUUAAGCAGCCUGCACAACCGAGUAUGCGAACCAGAGGAAGAGAAUUGUCGAGGUCGGAACUACCGCAAGACAUUGGCCUCUUGCCCGGCACUUUCAUUCGACCUCUGUGGAGAGACAUGCCAUCAAUCUUUCAACAACCGAAAGAACGCCUACAGCUUGAGUGGCUAUGGCUGAAGAAUGCGGUUCAGAACUUCCUUGGGCUCAUCGCUUACAGCAAAUGGAUCAACAAGGGACUACCGCUGCGCCUGAAGGAGCGGCGCCAGGUUGCUCGCGAGCUACAUCAGCAGAUGUAUAGUGCUUUUGCUGAUGGAGAUGUCAACACCCUGCGCAAGAUCUGUUGCAGCGGCCUCGCAAAUAACCUCAGCUCCCGCAUAGCCAGCCGUCCGAAGGAUGAGAAGGUCACUUGGGCCCUGGACAAAUACAAUCGCACACCAGGCACGCUCUUCACUGGUCUUCGCGUCUUGGCUGAUCGCGCCACGCAAAUUCCAGACUUGCCUGAUUCUGGAGUACGACAGGUCGUUGUGCGCAUCACUAGCCGUCAGUCAACGAGCAAGGUCACUAUCCCCGCCAAGCGCGCUGCUGAAAGCGCUGUCGCCGCAGAGCCUGCGCCAGCUAAACAGCAAGACUGCACGGAAUACAUCGUUAUCCAGAAACUUCGGUGGACUGGUGAAGAACAAGAGUGGCGUAUCUGGGGCCAUGCCACUCCCACGACUGUCGAAGAUCUCGACAGCCCCUUCUUUGCCCCGGGACUCACACUCUCCGAGCGCAUGGAUGCUAUGAAGGACAUGAUGACAGGAAAGAAAUGACGUGAAUCAUUCUUUUCAACCUAUCACUUAAUUCACUGCGCCAUGUCGCAGUUCGAAUCCCCCUAUGCCAGUGCGUUUGGGGCCGAUCGUCUUGAGAAUAAGUCCCCGUUCUGUUAUCAACCCGGCGAACAACAAGCAUUGUCCGCAUUGAGUUACUGAGAAGACUUCCAUGCCCUUCUCCAUUGCAAAUCGCCUGCAUGUGGGCGGCUUCAUAGCUAUCCAAGUGCCGGCUACUUUCCAUUCUCGCAUGUGUUAUACUUAUGCAGAAUCUCUGGUCGUGCCUUCUUCCGGCUUGGGAUCAUCUCCUCACAUUCCUUAUGAUUUGUAUCAUUCAGCGGGAUAUAGGGAGUCUGGAUCAUUAGAUCUCGUUAUGAACUGUACCAUAUCAAUUUUGCCUUUCUCGUUAUUCAUGUAAUUACUGGAUAUAUCCCAAAAUUGGACUGCCAAUACGUUCAAAGC